GACCCCCAAAUUACGGAUGGGCGCUUACACUGCAUUGAUUCCUAAGUUUAACUCAACUGUUGUUAGUAUUGUCAGCACAGUAUGACUGCUGUCGAGAUGCUUCGCGCGAACAUUUAUGCAAGGUGUGCCACACAAAUUUUCUUCCCUGUUACAUGUUUUCUUUUGUACCGCAGCAACCUCUGAGCAUCCAUUUCGUCUUCUCCCGCUACUACACCAGAGGCUAUUUCCAUCUUUUCUUCUGUUUCCUUGUCUCUCAAGUCAAAAAUCUAUCACACAAACGACAGUAAUCUUCAACACAUUUUUUGGAUCAAAUUGUGCUAGGAAUUCCUAUGAUUUGGUUAUCGUUCUUUGUUUUCCUUGCCUGCUCGUUUACAAGCGAUGCUGUCACCGUCAAUAACUUUAUCUUUCCGAAUAACCAGACCAAUCCUCCUAAAUACGAGGGGUCCUUUGAGAUUGGUACCGAGCUCACCGUUCAGUGGCAGUCCAUAUGGAAGAAUAACACUUUGGUUCUUUGGCAAAGCGGGACGCCACAGUUCCAGUAUCUUCCAAACUCGAGAGACAUGAUAGGUUUUACACAAUUCAUAUGGAAAGUUGAUCUGAGUGGUGCCAAUGGCAAUCCCAAAUUCGACCUGAACGCCGGGAAUGCGUUCUUUUUCGGCAUCUUCAACAGCGGCACAACCGACCUUUUCGAAAGUCAGUUUGUCAAUAUUACCGGGAAAAAUGUCAUCGUAUCUACAACUUCCUCAUCUGCUUCUACAACCUCCGUGAGUAGUGCAGCCAGUACCGACCCCACGACUUCCACCAAUGCCUCAAGCGCUGCCCUUAGUAGUACGACAGAUCAGCCCUCAAGCACCUCGACAAGUUCUUCGAGUUCCGUAACGCCAACAGCCUCUUCUGCACCAGUCAGCAUACAAUCUUCGGGCGAGCUAAGUGUAGGUGCCAAGGCAGGAAUUGGUAUUGGUUCUGUAAUUGCAUUUUUUUCUAUUGUCGGCGCAGCUUUUGCUUUAGGACGCUUCUUUCGUCGGCCGAACGCUCCACACACCCAUCCAGAGAGUGCGACCAUCGGCCAUUCAAGUUUCGCCCCUUCUACGACCACUGCAGUGACCUCGGGGUCUCAACAGUGGUAUCCCCUGGUGGAAGCACCACGCGAUUCAGAAAUCCAGAAACCAGAGAACAGGAUCUACGAGAUAUGAGAUAUGAGAUUUAAUACACUAUUGCCCUUUAACAUCCACCAUCAACCGGACCAUUUCUCUCUGUGCAUCGGAGCCAUCCGGUUAUCACUAGUUAGUCCGAUUUUCAUUUAGGAGGAUCAUAAUAGACACAAUCUGUGCUCUAGCUCUUCAUAAUGUAUUUAAAAAUUCUUUGCGUGUCUGUUGUUCUCUCUUGUAAUUAUAAGUGGCUUUUAGUUUGAAGCGGGAUUCUACAAUCACUAGCCACGUUGAGGUAGCCAGGGAGCAGCAGACACGAGUUUAUUUAUUAUUAUUUGACACGUCAAUGAUUUUUUUCCCAUAAUCAUGAUUCCACAUUUUCGGGGCUACUCA